AUGGCGCCAACAAUCCACUUCGUCCGCCACGCCCAGGGCUUCCACAACCUCUCCAUUGAGAAUGAGCAGAUGCAGGACCCAGACCUGACUCCCCUUGGCGAGAAGCAAUGCGCUGCCCUCCGCGAAGAGUUCCCUCACCACGAUAAGCUUACCAAGCUUUUUGCCUCACCUAUGCGUCGCACAGUCUACACUUGCCUCCACGCUUUUGGCACCGAAGAGCUAAAACCCAUCACUGCUCUUCCUGUUUUCCAGGAAGUCUCUGCCAACCCUUGCGAUACUGGUUCGCCUGUGGCCAAGGUGCAGGCUGAGUUCCAGGGCAUUGCUGAUUACUCGAAAGUUGAGGAGUCGUGGACCGAUAAGGGCCCUCAGAGCGAGUGUGAGCCUACCCUGGAGAAGCUGACGGCUCGUGGCCUGAAGGCCAGGAAAACGCUGAGGGAUCGUGUGAUUGGUGAUGAGCACAUUGUUGUUGUAUCCCACGGAGGAUUCUUGCACUUCAUGACGGACGACUGGUACGGUGUGCCUGAAGGAAGAGCUACCGGAUGGGCAAACUGUGAGUAUCGCUCAUACCAGUUUGCCGACCCCACUGGUGAGGAUAAAGAUGCUGCCCUUCUCGAGACCAAGGAGAGCUGGCAGCGACGUCAGGGUGAUGCUAAGCCUCUUACUAUAACAGAGCAGCGUCAACUGAGACCGGUGGCUCAAAAGCAGAUGGGCCCGUUGUUGAACCUUACUAUGCCUAACUAA